GCGGAGCUGGUACAGGGACAGAGCGCGGCUCCUGUGGGGAUGAAGUCUGAUGGCUUCGUGGACGCUCUGACCCGGGUCCGGCAGAAAGCAACAGGACUCAUUGUGUUAGAAGAAUGUCUCCACUCUGGCGCUUGAAGAUGUGGUCUUUACAUCUCUUUCCAGUAUUCCAGGGGAGGGAAAUCUUCCUGUUUCCCAGAUACUGACUUUUCAUUUUAAUGUUGAUGUUCCUGUAGACAUUAUGUCGGAUCCCAGAACUUUCCAACCCUGUGGUUCCAACUAAAAAUUUAUCUGGUGCACUGUUGCUUACUACCUAGUCUCCAACCAGUAAAGUACUUUGCCAUCAAGUUGCAGUGCUCUCAUCUGCAGUACAGGGUCCUGAACCAUGUUUCUCACUGGCUACUAAUAUAUAAUGGCUUUCACUCUGUGCUGAUGUUUUGACAGCCACCUUGUUGGCCUUCUGAGUUCGGGAAGAUUAUAGCCAUUGCCCUAAAGUGCUCAGAACCUCAGGUACAGAAGGCCUGUAGUUGAACUUAAAAAGCAUUUUGAACCAUUGAGAAGACUUUCUGCCUCUCUUGAGCCAGUGGUUGAGCUUUUAUUCUUGGACAACCUGCUCAAGAGGGAGACCCUCUUAAAUGCUGACCAGUUAUGGACUGUUGAAGCAAUGUUGUUUACUACUAGCAAUGAAAACUUCAUUGGAAAUGUUCCCAGCUCUGAAAUGCACCAUUGACUGGAGUAGUAAUAAGCCCAAUGGAGAAAAUUGCUGUGAAUGUAUUACUUCUGUAUGUUAGCAGCUGAAAGUCGAUACUAUCUCCAAGGACUUGCUGACCUUUAAAAAAUAAAACACAGAUUGCUGCUAAAAUUGGAGAUGCAAUUCCUCACUUGAAUAAUUCCGCGCCUCUAGUGGACCCUUCAGUUUAUGGUUAUGGAGUACAAAAACGACCUUUGGAUGAUGGAGUAGGUAACCAGUUAGGGGCCCUGGUACAUCAAAGGGCAGUAAUAACGGAAGAAUUCAAAGUGCCUGAUAAAAUGGUUGGGUUCAUUAUUGGCCGGGGUGGUGAGCAGAUUUCACGAAUUCAAGCAGAAUCUGGUUGCAAGAUUCAGAUUGCACCAGAGAGUUCUGGGAUUCCAGAGAGGCCCUGUGUACUUACCGGAACCCCAGAAAGUAUUGAACAAGCCAAGCGACUAUUGGGACAGAUUGUUGAUCGGUGUCGGAAUGGACCCGGAUUUCAUAAUGAUGUAGAUGGGAAUAACACAAUCCAGGAGAUUCUCAUUCCUGCAUCUAAAGUGGGAUUAGUCAUUGGCAAAGGAGGAGAAACAAUAAAGCAAUUACAGGAGCGAACAGGUGUGAAAAUGAUAAUGAUCCAAGAUGGUCCUUUGCCCACUGGAGCAGAUAAACCCCUUCGUAUUACUGGAGACCCAUUCAAAGUACAGCAAGCAAGAGAAAUGGUACUAGAGAUUAUCCGAGAAAAGGAUCAAGCUGACUUCCGAGGCGUGCGCAGUGAUUUCAGCUCCCGAAUGGGAGGGGGCAGUAUAGAGGUAUCUGUGCCUAGGUUUGCUGUUGGUAUAGUAAUAGGAAGAAAUGGGGAAAUGAUCAAAAAAAUUCAGAAUGAUGCUGGUGUAAGGAUUCAAUUUAAACCAGAUGAUGGGAUUAGUCCUGAAAGAGUUGCACAGGUCAUGGGACUUCCAGAAAGGUGUCAACAUGCAGCACAUGUCAUCAGUGACCUUAUUCUUACAGCACAAGAACGGGAUGGUUUUGGAAGCCUUUCUGUACCCAGAGGAAGAGGUCGUGGCCGAAGUGAUUGGAGUGUUGGGGCACCUGGAGGGCUGCAGGAGGUAACCUACACAGUCCCAGCAGAUAAAUGCGGCCUUGUUAUAGGCAAAGGGGGUGAGAACAUCAAAAGCAUAAACCAGCAGUCAGGAGCUCAUGUAGAACUUCAGCGGAAUCCACCUCCUAAUACAGACCCCAGUGUACGGAUAUUUACCAUCAGAGGCAUACCACAGCAGAUUGAACUUGCCAGACAUCUCAUAGAUGAGAAAGUUGGUGGUACCAAUAUGGGCGCACCUGGAAGCUUUGGUCAGAGUCCUUUCAACCAAGCACCUGCCACACCUCAUCAAAAUACCUUUCCGCCGAGGAGCUCAGGGUGCUUUCCAAACAUUGCUGCUAAAGUGAACGGUAACCCUCACAGCAACCCUGUGAGUGGUCCUCAGGCAUUUAUGACCCAAGGCUGGGGUAACACCUAUCAGACGUGGCAGACACCUGCACAGCAAGUUCCAAGCCAGCAGAGCCAGCAGCAGAACAGCCAGCCUGGUUACAGCAAGGCAUGGGAGGACUAUUACAAAAAACAGAGCCAUGCCGCCAAUGCAGCUUCUCAGGCAAGUUCCCCACCGGACUACACAAUGGCCUGGGCGGAGUAUUACAGACAGCAAGCUGCUUACUAUGGGCAAACAUUAGGGCAAGCUCAGGCCCACAGCCAGGAGCAGUAGAACAAUGUCCUUAUGGCAGUUUUUUUUCCCCUUGAAAUCAUUGUGAAAGAAAACCUUUUUGUAACAGAGGUUUCUAGAUUUGCAGCCUUUUGAUGAAGAUUUUUUGUUCGUUUUUGUGAAACACUAGUUGUAGAAUAAUCUAUACUGAACUUUUCUAAGAAUCAGGAAAAAUUAGUAAUAUACUAAACUUCAUGAAAAUGCUGGUAAUCUUUUGAUUUUGUUUUUUUGGGGGGUAUUUUUUGUUUUAUUGUUACUUCCAAAUUUGUAAACUUUGGGGUUCUUUUUGGAACAGUGUCUAAAUUCUAGGCACCAAAAUGUACCCCAGAGUAGUGACAUUUCAAACAUGGGAAUUUUUUUUGUUUGGGGUUUUUUUGUUUUGUUUUUGUUUUUUUCUUGGCGUGUUUCUCUUUUUUCUUUUUGACUUUUCUGUUGCAACAAAGUGGCUUGGAAGUCUUAGGUGUUAUGUAACAAAUCCUAAAAAAAAUUUUUAAACAGUAUUUAAAUAUUCUUAAAUAUGUAAAUGCAUUAUUAAAUGUUUUACUUCUAAUUUCUUUUAUUUUGGCUGUCUGAUUUUAUUGCAUUUUUUUUAAAAUACUACAUUAUGUAUUGUAAUUAAUUAUGUGAAUUCUGUAUUGAGACAGUUAACUGUCGGACAGAUUAGGGGAGGGGGGCAUUUUGUAGGGUUUGUAUAAUUUCUAGAGUCUAAAGGGGUAAUAUAAAAACAUGUAAUUUUUUUUAGCAAUACUUUUUUUCACAUGUCCAUUUUGGGUUGCAUUUGUGUAUCUAAGACCUCCAAGCUUAUUUUAAAAAAUUUUAAAAAUCUUCCUCUAAACUCUCAGAAAUAUAAAUACUGUUAUUUUUAAUAUUAAAAAUAAAUCAGCUACUAGUAACUUUAACAAACACUGUGGAACAUUAAAACCAUAUAUAAGGUAGUAACUAUUUUUUAAUUCCAAGGUGUUUUUUGCUUUUUUUCAUUUUUCUUUCAAAUAUUUUCAUAUCUAAUAUUUGUCAAAUUACUUAGAAAAAUAAAUGAUUCUAGUAUUAACCACAGUAUGCGCUAAAUAAUUUUGAUUUAAUAAAAAGGAUAAUAUGAUUUCUUAUGUUUAGUGUUUUCUUGUACAGAUAACUGUAUUUUUAAAAGAAAAAACGGAACUGAAACUAUUUUUUCUUGCAUUUUUAAUUGACCUGAGGGACAUUCCGUUUUGAAAUGUACUGAAUUUACUGUUUGUUUUUUUUCUCUUUACUUUUAUUUCCCUAUAAUGCUUGAAAUGUCUAACUAUAAAAAAUGCAAUUAAAUAAUGUUGAGCAUGGUGUUUAAAACAAAAUGUUCUUUUUAUUUGACUGACAGUUGCAUUUUACACUCUAUAUAAUAAAAUUUCCACAAGGCUUCUUGUGGGUGAAGUGUU